AUGAGUCGCUUGGUCGUUUUCUGCGCUUUCUUUGGAAUUGCCUUAUCGUGCGUGUGGAACGAGAAAAAAUAUUCGGACGGUGAGACGUGGGUUGACGGAAGCUUCAAGUUGAAAUGCACUGCCGGAAGCAGAGGCGGAUGGAGUACGUCUAUUAUUGCAUGCGUCACACCGAAAGGCACUGAGGUAAGCGUUGGCAGCGACUUGACUGAUGAUGGUAUUGAGUACACGUGCAGCAAAGGAAAAAGUGAAGGUAGCGUCAAUUUCAGUUGGAAGGCCGCCUGA